AUGCAGGCAUUGCCCAAUGCGCCCGAACAUGUUCUGUCAGGUUAUGAGGGGAUCGUCGUCGAAGGCAGUACCAUCAGCCGCAGUCCCAGCGCUACCCACGGUGGGCGCAGGCAGGACGACAGGACUGCUACCAUCGAGGAUAGAGAUGGGGAUCCGGGGCAACAUCUCGCGCCCCGAUUGUCCGAGACGCCCCCGCCGUAUCACGAAGCGAUAGCGGUGAAUAUCAUUGAUGGCUUAUGUCUGUCCGCAGAAUGUGCUCAAUCCGAGAGGAACGCGUCUGUCUUACUUCGACUGCAAAGGAACGGGUCCUGCGAGGACCAUUCUCAAACACCACGGACGGCCCCGGGGUUGAUCCCCAAGAUAUCUGAGCUGACCAAAUCGAUGCCCCCGAGUGAGCAGACAUCGACGCCGAUGCUGGUAUGCCCUGAACGUUCUGAGAGCUUCGAAAGCGUUCCUGACGACGACACACUUUCGCAGUGGCCAAAGUGGAUCAACCAGCCAUACUCUGAGCACAAACCUAGCGUGCUGGAUGCGGAAAAGGCGAAGGUGGAUGCGGUCAACAGAUCUGAACAGGCUGGUUGCGACGACGACCGCUCCGCAUGGACCCGUUGGAUGGACGCACCGAUGCCUAUGGACGCACAGCAAUCAGCGCUGUCUAGUUGGACCAAUGAGACCGAUUCCGUGGCCGCACAAUCUACUCAAUUUGGCUGGAUGGAAACCAGAUCCAUAGAUGCACUCUCCGUUCAACCUGCCUGGUACAACGAAGAGGGAUCGGUGGGCGCACCAUCCACGCGACUUGGCUGGAAUGACGACACUGGAUCCGUAAAUUCACAGUCGGAGCAACCCGGCUGGAGUAACGAAAUGGCAUCGGUAACGGACGACCCAGGGUUCAGGCGCCUUGGUUUGGUACACUAUUCCGCAUCCGUGGGCGCUCAGUCGGUACGACCCGACUGGAUCAGUGAAACCUCGUCGAGAAUGGACGACACAGAGUCCGUCGGGUUUCAUGCUCGGCAAUCCAGCUGGUUUGCCAAGCCCGGCUCCGUGGUACAUGAAUCGGAGUCAGCGGGACCUGAUCGGAUUCCAGGGGAGGCAAGAUCGCAGUCACCCAGAUGGGUCAACGGAAAAAAGACCGUCCCUACGUCGGGGGGCCGACUGUCAGGGUGGGAUUCUCCGAAGAACACGCAGGAGGAUCACUCGGAUGGCCACGAGAUGACAAUGGGGGGACAGUCCAGCUCUGAAGGCGCUGCAAGGCCUCAGAGCGAGCUGGCGGAAUCCCCACCAACAAUUGCAAAACGUGUGACUGGAGGGGCAGCGCAUGAUACGCCUGGAAAAGUCCAUCACGGUGAUAGUGGUAGCGACAGGAGCGACGAGGGCGGGCUGAUGGGUCUGAUCAUCGACACCAACAGAGAGGAAGCCAUCCGUAGGAGAACAGCGAGGUCGCGUGGCACAGCGCGUGCUCGCUUCGUUUUCUUGUCUUCCCCGACCGAGCGGACCUCCAAAGACAUGGGAGACUCGCCGAGGCAGCAAGCCCCUCGACAGCCAACUGCGGAGGUGCCAGCGGCUAUGAACACGAUCGUACGUUCACAGACUCUGCCCGCGCCUGAAAGUGUGUCUACGCCGACCGCGGUAGCCGUUGGAGCAAAGCGAUCGCCUACUCCCACUGCGCCAUCGAAUUUUGGCGAAGAUGUUGCAUCUUCGAGCCCGGCCGCAAGGCGAGACAUGCCUAGUUUGAACGGCAUUAACAGAACGGGGGAGCGCGGGGGGAGGGGCCGGCGAGAUGGGACAAACAAGAUCCCUUCAAUCCCGCGCGAUGCUAGUAGCGACAGGGCUGAUGCGAUCGAAGUAGGCGCUAAGGAGGCCAGGCGUUUUUCGUCGGGGGUUCAGCGUGUUUCCGGAGUUGCGGUGUUGCCAACGACUGACGGCGGGGUAAGGAGCGAGAGGGAAAUGAUGAGUGGAUCCACUCCUCGAGGAAAGCCUCCUCUUACCUCGAAAACGCCCGACAGUGCCGGCAGCGAAAACAGCGCGCUGGGAGGGAAACCCGUCAACCCGGAAUUCCGGGGCAACAAGGGGCCACAGUCUUCUCCACGCAAGAGACCGGUGAACAUGCCGCCCCCGCAAGUGGUAAUUCGUGUCAGUAGCCCUGCGCACAAACCACGCGGCACUCCGAAGCGUAUAGGCAGCAAGUCCCGCAAGCCUAAAGAGAGUGCGGACGGCUCCUCGCGCAAGUCGAAUAACGACGAAGCCCGUCCACGUAGAUCCUCCGAAACGAGCAGCGCAAGCAGCGCAGACAGCGCCAACAACCUCAGUAACGGGAACGCUCGACGUCGAGACCGCCUGCCGUCGUCAGAGGUUGCCCCGGAGGCAGUAGAAGUGCGGGUCAGGACGUCUCUGGAUCAGCCUCCAGCUCAGCCAACCCCGGGGAGGAAGGCCUCAUCAACGAGCGUGCCUUCUGCCCCUAAACGAGAGAUCAAGAUGUGGAACAGCAAGGACCCCGCUGGUGCGGCCACCGCGGCAGCUGCGUCUGCUUCUGCUUCUGCUUCUGAUUCUUCUUCUGCUUCUGCUGCUGCUGAUGCUGAUGGAGCUGCGGAACGCGAGGCGACCGCGCUUGCGCCCGCCCCUACACUAGCGCUUGUGAACGCGCAACGCGUGGUUCAGCCCUUGUCCAAGCCGAUAGUGCCGCGAAGAGUCCGGGGACAGCAGCCUUUCAAGCUGGGCACGCCCCGAGAGCGCAAGACGACACGAAAUCCUUCGCGAACACGCAUGCGAAUCAGGUCUGACCUGCCGCCAUUGGAGGAGGAAGUAGGCAUCCCCACGAGCCCCGUCGCAACGUAA